AUGGCAACCGGAGACGCUUCGCGCUCCGGGCCACCGGCGUCGAAGCUGGGAAGGCCAGCCGCGAAGACGCCCGCCCUCGGCAUGAGGGUGGAGGACUCGACGGUGGCGGCGCCCGAGGCGGGCAGCGACCCGGAGCAGCUUGGACAGCCGGCCGGGCUGGGGGGCAGGGCGCGCGGGGAGCCCAGCGACGGCGGCCCCCGGGAGUCCCACGAACAGUGUGAGUUCCCCUGCAGCCGCGGACCCUGCGCGGAGGGACAUGCAUUGUGGAGAACCGGGAAGAAAUUUUUAUAUUGUGAGCCACACAAGAGAAUUAAGGAAGUACUGGAAGAAGAACUCUAUAUUAAGAGAGAUGAAUGCCACAUUAAAAAUCCACCUGCAGUGGCCCUGGAAGGGAUUUGGAGCAUUAAAAGGAAUUUCCCCAUGGGAGGCUUGAAGCCAGGACCACCCAACAGAAACACCUUACUGCCACAAGCCAAGUACUAUUCAAGGCACGGAGGGCUGAGAAGAUAAGAAGAAUACAUUUUUCCAUUGAGAAGAAACCUCUUUCUCCUAAUGUCUGAAAAACAGAGAGGAAAUCCCAAGCUUGUUUCACAGUUUAAGAUGUGUAAAAAAAAAUGUCUAUAAAUUCUAUUAUUGGUAUUAA